UUAUAGCCCGGAUAGAAUCACAAUAAUACCAGUCUUCGUUAUAUAAUCGCAGUAGACACUACUGUGUUUUUAAAAUAAAGAAUCAUGGACUUAGCAAUAUUUUGGGUUCUUGUGGUUUUUGUAGUGAGUUACGAACAAUCCAGCAUCGCGAACCGCGUCAAUGUACUCAGCAAGAACGAUCCUGGCAGAUCAAGACCAAAAAAAUCAGUUGAUACGGAAAUAUAUGUAGCACUUCCACCGGAUAACAUUAAGACUGGCAAACAAGACAGUCCUYCGACGUUGAUACGCUUGGAUCCUAGUUCUCCAAAUAAGUUCAAGGGCAAGUUUCCAGCGCCAAUCGAACGUUUUAUACAACGCAUACAAAACUAUUUUUCUGUAUACAAUCCACCAGAGUACUUAAAUGACCUGAGACCUGGUAUUAAUAAUUCGGAAGAUGAAGGAUAUCCAUUAGAAUCGUCAAACAAUUCACAGAUAAUACUACCAUGCAACGGUACGAGCACAAUAGUGAUUAUUCCGGUACCGUUGGAAAAUGAAAACGUUUCUUUCAAUCAAAAUGCAUAUCCAGACAAACCUGACAGUUAUGUAGUGGCGCCCACGACAUCAAAACCUAAUUGUCCGGAAGAUGUAACUACAAGUCCGAAAUGUCCUGAAAUAACUACACCAAAACCUAACUGUCCGGAAGUUACCACCCCAAAACCUAACUGUGUGGAAGUAACUACUCCAAAACCUAAUUGUCCAGAAGUGACAACUCCGAAACCUAAGUGUCCAGAAGCCACUACUCCGAAACCGAAUUGUCCGGAAAUAACAACUCCGAAACCUAACUGUCUGGAAGUGACCACUCCAAGACCAAAGUGUCCAGAAGCCACUACUCCGAAACCAAAUUGCCUGGAAGUUACCACCCCAAAACCUAACUGUGUGGAAGUAACUACUCCAAAACCUAAUUGUCCAGAAGUUACCACUCCAAAACCUAAUUGUUCAGAAGCGACCACUCCAAAACCUAAGUGCAUGGAAGCAACGACUCAAAAACCACCAUGUCCUCCCAAACAAAGUUCAACAGCGAGUGAUCCUAAACCUAUAUCUGGAUACGGAUCUACAGAAGCUCCUUCACUGAACUUAGUAGCUCAGCCCGCUCUUGGUUCUACCGUUCUUUAUUUUUACAAGCAGCCCACAACCUUACCACCGUAUAACCCUCCUGUUUAUAAUCCGCCGGUUCCCGCAUAUUACAUACCGAAUACUCAGUUAAAUUAUGAAGAAACCACCCGAAGACCCAAGCCACCUAUCUUACGUCUAAAACAAUUAUUAUUUCCACGUCUAUAUGCAGCUUUUCAUCCUGACGAAUAAUGAAUAACUGAAAUUGUAUUAUAAUCAAAAAAAAAUAUAUAUAUAUUUACGAAUUGCGAGCGUGUUAGUAACACGCAUGAAUAAUAAUAACUUC